AUGUGGCACUUCCUUGAUCUAAAUCAUGAACAGAAGCUCGAACGACGCCGACUAUUAGACCUCUAUGGCUCACUGGCUCAGGUUUCUGCUUUGAUCCCUCUCGUUCUUCUCCAGAUCUACUUUGUUGCCACUUGGUUCCGACAAAGAUGGUUGAGGAAGCAUGGGGCGGAUGCCAUACCAAGCUCACCUCAAUUAAAGAAGCAGCGAUCGGAUGCAUUCAACGGACCACUAACGAAGCUUCAGAGCCUUUGGCAAGUGGCAUUAUGGUGGACGAGUGAUACGGUUGACAUUUUCGGGUCUCGGAUAACCAAAGGAGAGAUAUUGUCAGGAUCGGUGUGGACAGCAUGGUUGAUCUUCUUGAGUUGUGUACAAACACAAGGUGACUAUUUACACUUGACCAAGCGAUUUGGCAUUGUAGGCGCUUCACAGCUGCCGUUACAGUAUCUUCUUGCCUUCAAGUCGCCAUUCAGCCCUGUCCAACAACUCACCAAAUGUUCCUGGGAGACUUUGAAUGCAGCACAUCAGAUCUUGGGCCGCGUCUCGACAAUCUUGUUCUAUCUACAUGCAGGCUUCUACUUGAACUUUUUCAUCCAAGCGCAUGUUUUGGCAAAACGCAUCAAGGACUGGGACGUCAUUCUCGGUAUUGUUGGAACCAUUGCAUUCACAGCUGUAGGCACGACUGCACUUUCAUGGAUUCGAAAGUUGAGUUACCGCGUGUUCUACACCACUCACGUUACUCUGGCUAGCGUCUUGCUUCCUGUUCUGUACUUCCACGUCCACCACAUCCGGGUCUACAUUAUCGAGACAUUGAUCGUAUAUGCCGUGCAUCUAGCGCUACGCGUAUUCAAUGAAUAUAAAGUGGAGGGUUCACUGACCUUAGUUCCUGGAACAACAAAUCUCCUAGAGAUUAACAUCCCGAUUACGAAGCAAAGAUCAAUCAUGCAAUGGCAACCAGGUCAACAUGUCUAUGUUUCUUUGGCGCAUGGCCCGGUCUACAUGCGCUCACUCAAAUCCAGGAGUCCGUUCACAAUUGCCUCACUUCCAUCCGAAGAUGGCAAUCUCAAAUUGGUGGCCAGGAUCUUGGAUGGAAACACGGCCGCGCUCGCAAAAGCUGCAACAGAAGGCGCGACUGGGAAAGCUACUUCCAUCCCACUUAUCCUCGAAGGACCAUAUGGCUUGUCGACAUAUGCAAACACACUGCUUCAGUACAACCGUGUCCUGUUCAUAGCUGGUGGCGUAGGUGCUACUUUCGUAGUGCCUAUGUACAGAACACUGCUCCAAGAUCUUUCACCGAGCCCUGGAAGCCGCCGAAGGCAAAACGUUGCAUUUGUCUGGGUAGUCAGAGAUGAAGCAGAAACAACCUGGGCAGUGCCAGAAGACGAACAGGAAUACAAAGGCAUGCAGGAGCGUAUGACUGUAUACGCCACCAGGAGCGGCAGACUGGAUAGCGAGAAGCCAGACGCAGACAACGUGGACGAGGGAAUCGAACUCGAACGAUUACUUCCUAGUGGAGGCAUCGAUGACUUUGUGCAAAAAUGGCAAAUACACCCCGGUCGACCUGAUUUGGGCGAGAUGGUGGAUGGGGUGUUCAAGCAGACACGGGAAGACACAAAGGUUGCAGUGAUCGUCUGUGGACCAAGAUCAAUGGCGGAUGAGGUUAGGAGGAAGUGUGGUAGAUGGGUUGACAAGCGAGACAUCUGGUUGCAUGUCGAGGCCUUUGGGUUGUGA